AUGUCACAUCGGUUCGUGAUAAUGAGUCUGUUGGCAUGUUACUUGUUGGCGUUUGCAAUCGGAAGGACGGCUCGGAUGGUAUUCAUCGUUGAACCUCAAAAGAGACUCAUCGAAGAAAACCAGGCAUUGAACGAGCUGAUUCAAAAUACCCCCCAGUUGAAAUUGCCUAAUCCAAUCAUGAAGGGGGGCUUAGAACCACCCAAAACUGCAUACACAUCAAAGAAUUUUGAUACUGCAAGGACAGCCACAACGAUUUCUCGCUUCAUUGUGACAGAUGUCGGGGCAGAAAGUGACGAGAAAGCAAAGGAAUGCAGAGUUCCAGAGAUCAGCAACAAGGGCAUAGCAGAAAAUGAGGACCAAGAAGUGCACGAGCCAAAAGGACAACACCUUCUAGUUGACAUUGCAAAUGUCGAAUCAGCAUUCUUGGGAUCAGAAGAGAGGUUAUCAGUUGCCAUGCUAGAACUUGUCAAGCGGUGUGGUCUAACUCUAUUAUCCUACCACUGUCAUGGUAUGAUACCAACCGGAGUCUCUUGUGCUGGGGUUUUGCUGGAAAGUCAUGUGUCAUUUCACACUUGGCCGGAGGAAGGUGUCAUUACAUUGGAUCUCUACACUUGUGGAGAAGGCAGCCUUUUGCCUUUUGUAUCCAUUGCCAAAGAACUUUUCGCUAUUCCAUCUGCAACUGCCGACAAAGUACCCGAGUUGGUAUGGUCCCAUAAAUUCCGAGGUUUCACAGAUGAUUUGGAGAGUGAGAUUGCGGUUCGAACGGACUUUUUCAGGUUCCCGAUCGGCGUGAUGAUGGACUACAAGGAAGAGAUAUAUUCCGGCGAGACUGAGUUCCAAAAGGUAGAUAUCUAUGACGUUUUACGUCCACACUUUCAGAGUCUUGAUGAAUAUCAGAAAUCACUGCUUGGGGAUGGGUCCUACGCAUCUCAAAAUCCGGAGCUGUUCGAACCUGAUCGCAUUGUCUUCCUCGAUGGAAUACUGCAAUCUAGACGGUCCGGAGAUGCUGCUUACCAUGAGUCUCUGGUGCAUCCUGGAAUGUUUGCUCAUCCAAAUCCGAAACGAGUUGCAAUUGUCGGUGGUGGAGAAGGAGCUACAUUGAGGGAAGUUCUAAAGCACUCCACAGUAGAAGAGUUGGUGAUGAUUGAAAUUGACAAGAAGAUGGUUGAUAUCUCAAAGCAGUACUUGCCGUUCUGGAGUGAUUGCAGUCAAUUGAUUGGAAGUGCGGACUACUGUUUCGAUGACCCCCGUGUGGAUGCUUACUUUGAAGACGCGUUCAAGUGGUUUAUAGAUCGGUUCUCUUCUGAGCCUACGAUCGAGGCAAAAAAGUUUGAUGUAAUCAUUAUCGAUGCCUUAGAUCCACAAGUUCAGGUGGACAUUGUUGAUGCUCUAUAUGAUGGAGGACCUUUCCUCACAUCGCUACCAAACAGUCUUCGGGAUGAUGGUAUCUUGAUUGCGCAAGUCGGCGAGGCAGCAAGACUGGAAUCACCAGGAGAAGAGCAUUCGUGGCACCGUAAUCGUGUGAAGUUCAUUAAAACGCUGAUCGACAAUGGGUUUGAAAGCGUCCGUGACUAUGAAGAGAGUCAUGCAGGAUUCUACUAUCCCUGGCAAUUUGUCGUCGCCUUUAAGAGUUUCGAAUCUCGGAAAAGUUGGUUCCACCAUGAGGCAUUGACUUCUGUCGAUAUUCAUGAAAGAAUUUUGCCAACAAAGACUGGUGAACUUUCAUUGAGAUAUUUUGACGGCCCAACAAUGAUGUCGUACAAGUUUCCAUCCAAAGCAAGUGAGACAGUCUUUUGUCUACGUGACUCGAAGUCAGAGAUGUGCAGUGAGGGUCGAAACGAGGAUCAUCAUGACUGGAAGUCGCCCGUUUCUGCAUUGGUUAUGGAUGAAAACAAAAUCACAAACAAAAUUUUCCCCUCGACUAUUCCAGAUAGUAACCAACUGUCAUCUCGGGAAAGAAUGAUUAGCAAAUACUUCACUGGGAAGAACGCCUACAACCCUCUUGCAGAGCGCGACCCAACUUUACUCCCCGACACCAUUUUGAAGACGAAACCAAUGCACUGA